AUGAAUCCUCCGUUGCCCUCUCUGACCUCGACCUGGCACAAUGCCACCUACCCGGCCAUCUCGCCGUCGCGAGCCGAGCUCAGCGCCGCGGGAAAGACAAUUAUUAUCACGGGCGCUGGAAGUGGAAUUGGUCGCGCAACAGCCCAGUCCUUUGCCAAAGCAGGAGCUAGCAAAAUCGUUCUGAUCGGGCGUAACGUGGCCACGCUUCGAGAGACCCAGGCCAGUCUGGAAUGCAGCUCUUCCAUCCACGUAGCCGAUGUCACGGAUGAGAAGGCACUUGCUGCCGUUGCAGCUGCCACGGGGACUUGGGACGUGAUGAUCCUUGCUGCGGGAUACAUCUCACCGCUGGCGUCGAUCCGGGACUCGUCCGUGGAUGACUGGUGGCAGAGUUUCGAGACUAAUGUCAAGGGGACUAUGAUAGCUUCCAAGGUCUUCCUGCCAACAGCCAAUCCGAAUCGUGCGGCUGUCGUCGCUUUUACUGCAGUGGUUGUGUUCCCGGCAGCUCAGUUGGUAAACCUGUCUGGAUAUAUCACAUCCAAGUUGGCAGUGAUCAAACUCAUGGAGUUUCUGGCAGCGGAGAAUCCCAACGUCUUUGCUGCGGCCCUGCAUCCGGGGAUGAUCGAAACUAAAAUCUUCCGUGGGUCUGGUGCCGAUCCCAGUAAACUCCCGAUGGAUACAGGUGAAGCGGGCCUGAUCAACACGAAAGUGUGUUCUGAAGCUAACUCAUUACGAUUAAUAGUGGAGCUUCCAGCAGAUUUCUCAGUCUGGCUAACGAGUGUCGAAGCCGCAUUCUUGAACGGGCGUUCUGUUUGGGCAAAUUGGGACGUGCAAGAACUCAAGGCCAAGGAGGAUGAGAUUCGGUCUGGACUGCUAUUGACCUCGGGGGUGUAUGGCUGGCCAUUCACAUCAUCCUAG